UAAUGAACUGGCCCCGGCGCGCCCGCUCUGCGCAUGCUCCGGCGUAAACAAUAUGCUAGGGAAAUUAGGUGUCUCUCUUUGGGAAGUCGAGUUUUAAAAAGCGCAGGCAGACCAUGAUAUGACGACUUCACUGAUCCUGCAUCCACGCUGGGCGGAUACCUUUAUGUACGUCUAUGAGGACACCCCGAAUGAACAUACCCAGAAUAAAACCCCAGGCAUGGAGGGGCUGAGUGGGAACUGCCCGGCGAGCCACUGCAGGGAUAUAAUCACUCACCCGGUCCUGGGGCGCCAUUCCAGCACCAUUGGGACUCACCAGGGCUCUGUCUACACGGAUAUCCCCGCGCCAGAACCUGCCCGGCAGUGCCCGGCGCCGCCGCCAGCCUCCUCCAACGCGACCCUGAGCUACGGCUACCCCUUUGGAGGCAGCUACUAUGGAUGCCGGCUGUCCCACUCCCACAACGUGAACUUACAACAAAAGCCUUGCUCCUACCACCCGGGAGAAAAGUACCCCGAACCCAGCGGUUCCCUCCCCAGCGAAGAACUAUCCUCAAGGGCCAAAGAGUUUGCUUUUUACCCCAGCUUUGCCAGCUCCUACCAGGCGGUCCCUGGCUACUUGGACGUCUCAGUGGUACCCGGGAUCAGUAGCCACCCAGAACCGAGGCAUGACACUUUGCUUCCCAUGGAAGGCUACCAGCAUUGGGCUCUGUCCAAUGGUUGGGAAGGGCAGGUUUAUUGCUCGAAAGAGCAGUCGCAGUCUACCCAUCUCUGGAAGUCACCUUUCCCAGACGUGGUUCCUCUCCAGCCCGAAGUGAGCAGCUACCGGAGAGGUCGGAAAAAGAGAGUCCCCUACGCGAAAAUGCAGCUGAAGGAGCUAGAGAAGGAGUACGCAGCGAGCAAGUUCAUUACCAAAGAGAAGCGAAGGCGGAUUUCGGCCACCACCAACCUCUCCGAGCGCCAGGUCACCAUCUGGUUCCAGAACCGGAGGGUGAAAGAGAAAAAGGUAGUCAGUAAAUCGAAAUCAGCGCAUCUCCACGCUACCUGACAUAGAAAUGGCUGAGGGGGGGAAGGGAGAGAGAGAGGAACACACGUAUUUAUCGGGUAGAUCUGUAUGAUAAGAACAUCCACCGCGAACUCCGUGCUGGCUCCAUUGAUUAUUUAAGAAUACCACCACCACCACCCAAAUAAUAGACUGUCUAUUUGAUCAUAGAUGAGAGCAUAUUUUGGUUGAAUCCGAAUCCGUCCUCCGACUGUGAAUAGCCGACACCCCUUGGUCCAGUUAACUGUGUAUAUUUAAGGAAAAAAAAAAAAGAAAAAAAAGAGCGUAGUUAUGUUAAAAGACCUGAAACCUGAAUGUUCCUUUAUAACUGUAUAGCCCUUCUUCACUGACCGAUCAUAUUUUUUGGCUCCUGUCGUCCGCUGGUGUUAAAUGUAUGGAGAACAUAGACAUGAGCUUUAUCUUCUGGCGUCACUAAAGGACCGAAAAGGCUGCUAUUGUUGGGAAGAGAAUCAUUUUUCCCCCCAUUAUGAUUACGAUGAUGAUGAUUAUUCUGUAUCACUUAAAAAAAAAUAACAAAACGCUAAUUGAGGUCACACGUGGAUGGAAAGUGACUUCCUAUAUAAUAUAUAUAUUUUUUUUUGGUAUGUUCUCAUGGGGGUUUAUAUAUCUCUGCCAUAGAACUGGAAUCUCUGUUCUCCACUGACAAUAUAGAAAGUGCACAGUAUUGUCUUGGGGUUGAUUAUCCCCCCCCCGCCCCCAAUAUAAAUCGACUAAUCAUCAACAGUGUUCUUUCGAUAUGUAAAAGCGACCAUUUUUUUUA